AUGGUCUUAUUAGAUAGUUAUCUGAUUGUUGGUGAAGUGCAAGUGGAAAAUGUGAAAUCACAAUCUGACCAGGGCAACAGAGGGGACAAGGCUGUAAAAUUGUUGAAAUGUGUCAUGAAAUUCCAUUGGAUUUUGCUGUUGUGUUUGUUCUGCGCAGAAGCCAGAGAAUGUAGUUUUAAGAAAGAAUUGAUGUUACUUGCACAUAACGACUACAGGAGGAUUCACACAGUACAAGAGCUAGAAUGGAACAACGAAUUGGCCACAUCAGCACAAAAGGAAGCUGCAAGGAUAACAAAGGAACGAUGUGACCUUCCCCUGUAUUACUCAGGCUUAGCUGGAACAAAUUACCUCUCUGUGGGAAAGCAACAGUUCGAUGAAGGAAUAGCAGUUAAAUUCUGGUACGAAGCAGGAGUAACCACGAGGAAUCCAAACGUUUUGGCAUUCACGCAAUUAGUAUGGAAAGACACAAAGGCGAUUGGAUGCGGAGUAUCAUGCUGUAGCGAAAACAUGGUUUUGGUAUGCAGAUACUACCCGCUUGGAAAUAUUCCAGUAUUGACAUGGGUAACCUUUUCAACAAACAUCCAAAAACAUACGGCCAAGGAAGCCACCAAUGGAAGUACGGACUCGAAAUAUGCCGCCAGUGCUUCCGAGAAAGAGCCACCACAAUUGGAUUCCACAAGUAUUGGUAAUCCGCAAACGAAUUUAAACUCCAAUAAUGUCAUAACACAUACAUUAUACACUUUUAAUAUAAGGGUGUUGAUAUGUGAGGCUAAUAUGGUUUCGUUCAUGGGUAAUUGCCAUGACCGGUUUCACAGCACUCACGUCGGGGCCCGUGCAUAA